CAGUGUUCGGUCGCGGCCCGCUCUAUUUCUCCGACUCCGUUCACCCCCAUUCACACAGUAAAUAGAAGCAUGGAGGCUGUGACUCUCGGGGUCUGAUACCGAACAGCGGGGGGUAAAGACACCGCCGCAUGCGCGCUCCCCGUCACGGAAACCCACAGGAAGGACGCGGGUCGGUAGCGAACGCUUCGCCGCUUUGGAUUGGGCUCGUUUGGGGUGGAAGAGAGGCUCGUAGCUGGAGAGCAGAGCGGGGCAGCCCGCCGCGCUGAGCAUGAAGCGGACGGCGGUAGUGGCCAGGCACAAUGGCCUCGUCUCUCCGCUGGGGAACAACAACUCCGGGGCUUCGAGCAUCGUCUCACCGCCGAGGACCACGAGUCUCUCCGCUUCGGCCGACGGGGCAGCCGGCGGCGGGAUGGACGGCCUGCUGGACUUCUCCAGAGGCCCCACCGUCAAAACCGAGCUGGUGUGCAAAUGGAUUGACCGAAGUUCUCCGAGGCAGAUGCUCGGGCGGACGGCGACGUCCGUCUGCGAGCAAACUUUCAGCUCCAUGCACGAGCUGGUGGACCACGUCACCACCGAGCACGUCGCCGCCGGCUUCGAGUGCCUCAGUCACGUCUGCAUGUGGGACGAGUGCCUGCGCGGCGGGAAGGCGUUCAAAGCCAAAUACAAACUCAUCAACCACAUUCGCGUGCACACCGGGGAGAAGCCGUUUUCGUGCGCGUUUCCCAACUGCGGCAAGAUGUUCGCACGCUCCGAGAACCUGAAGAUCCACACGCGCACGCACACUGGUGAGAAGCCAUUCCAGUGCGAGUUCUGCGAGCGACGCUUCGCCAACAGCAGCGACCGCAAGAAGCACUCACAGGUCCACACGGCCUCCAAGCCCUACGACUGCAAGGCCCUGGGCUGCACCAAGUCCUACACCCACCCCAGCUCCCUGCGCAAACACAUGAAGGUUCACGUCAAGUCGUCUCCUACCUCCGAACCCCAGGACGUGUACGACUCCAUCCCUCAUCAACUGCAACAACCUCAGCAGGCUCUCCUGGAGCCCCUCGACCUCAAAAUGAACCGCCUCUCUCCAUCGCUCGUCAACGGGAACACUACUUUUCCUCUUCUGUCCAAUCACGCGUUGGAUAUCAGCUCGGCCAGCGGAGUUGACCACAAGCUGCUUCUGCGGAGCUCGUCUCCGAUGGCGAUGCCUCUGGAUCUCUCUCUGUCGGGCCUGAAGAGUCAGCUGGCCCAGAAGCAGCAGAGUGGGAGGACCCGGCGGAGGAGCCAGCGCUCAGUCAACCCAGCCUUACCUCAGUUGUCUAACAUUAAAGAAUGGUAUGUCUGUACUAGGAGUACCGCACCACACAUUCCUCUACUUCACCCAGACCACAUCAAAUCAGAACCCAGUGAUGAUGACGAGUAUGUUACGUAGGAUGGAGGGCUGGGGAGUUUGGACUUGAGGAACAUACAUUGUCAGGGAUGUGGAGUCAUAGUUGCUGUACAUUUCCAGAACCAGCUGAGUUGUGGUUCCACACCGGGUCUGAGAUGGAGAAGGCUGUGAUCAGGAGGAGACUUUUUUUUCAGUCGGUCCCUAACAGACUCAUCAAUUACUGUGGCCAGAAAGGACGAGAGGAAUCCCAUCAUUGCAGUGUCACAAAAAACCACAAGUUAUCCAAUCGGUGUCAGCGAGCUAUCCUGGACUACCGGGGGGGUGGGAGGGGGUGUUGUACAGAUAGACCAGGCGGGUGGGCUCCUGCUCUGCUUGGUGUAAGACAAUUUCGGUAUGAGGGUGUGUACACAUGACGACCUCUCUACAGAAACAUAGCGCUCUACCUAACAUAAAGCAAUUUCAAUUGACCCUGAGGGAACGUGGUUAAUGUUACCCUGAGGUCACGAUGGCACUGUACACAUGACGGCCGAGCAGCAGGCGCACGUAGGGAUUGAGUGUGGACCUGACUGCAGCCUCAGUUUGUGUUUAACUGGUUAGUAUAACCUCAGAUACAAACGGCAGCCAAAUUCUGCUGCCAAAUGAAGGGGUUCCACAUGUGGUCAGCUGAUCCGACGAGCACUUUGUUUGAAGCAAACUGAGACCUUUACUUGUUUUCCCUUCUCGCAGUCUGAUCCCAGACAGUAGCCAGCAGUAAAGCUGCAGUCUGAAGACAGUUCUUUGUACUGAUCAUCAAGUGUCUCCUUAUCCACUUCAUCCCUAUGGACCUCUCUAAGUGGGUUAAUCACUUGUAUCUGUUUACACUCCAUGUGCAAUUUAGUGAAGACCCUAUACGUCAUCCAUGUAUUUCUUUAACAUUAAACGGUUUUAAAUGAUGCACAAGGCAUCCAGUAUUUUCCCUUUGAUCAAAUGGUCCCACCGCAGAAUGCAUUGUGUUGGAAGAGUUACAGCUUGAGAACGGUUUAAUCUCUGCUUACAAUAGGAAUGGUGUACGAGUGACUUGUACUACAUAGUCAAUCCACACAUAGCUGCAUUUGAACCUGGCAUGUGAACACCUACCUGAAGAAGAAGUUCAAAAGGUCAUCCACCUUGCGUAGUACUGAAAGCAAAAUAUAUCUAAUAAUAAUAAUAACCGUGAAAAGCGGGUGCAAGUACAUGAGGUCAAAGUGAUGGAUAGCUUGGUAAAUUAUUUUAACGUUCAUCUUUUUUUCUCAUCCAAGUAAAUCUGUUUAACUAGGCCUUUUGAUAUGUACAUUAUUAUGGCUCAAAGGACAAAACCGUUGAAUGAAAUUGGAAUUUGACUUUAAAGUGUACACGUGAUUUGAAAAGUGUAAGUCGUUCAGUGUGGUUCAGGGUUACUAACGAGAAGUUUGUGUGCAGAACAUAACUUUGAUGACAGAAUUGUGUCAUUAAAGUUUUGCUUCUACAGCAAUAGUCUAGAUGUGAGUGUAUUAUUAUCACGUAAUCGGCAAGGCUAGAAUGUCCUGGUUUUCGCACGGUCCAAUCAUGCAGCCUUCAGGGCUGACAAGUUGCCUGUAGGUGUAGAUGUGAGUUUGAAUGGCUGUGUGUCCAUAUGUGUCCUGCGCUAGACGGGGAAGCAGAAGUGAUGCACCAUCCUGCUCGGGAUGAGCUGGUGGACAUACACAUGGACGCCAUGCAACCACAAACUAAAAGCAGAAUAAAAUCCAUCCGUUUGA